AUCUUUUCGCUACAUUCAAUGAAAUGGUUGAAAGCUUUCUCGCAAAAUCGAAAUAUCUUAAAAAGAUUUCAAAAUCUCGGAGAAUAAUCGAUAUCUCGCGAUACCAAUGGCUGACUUCAAACGACAUAUCGCAUGCGUGCGAAAUCGAUUGGGUGUCAGGUAUUUAAAAAUGGCGUGACGUGCUGGCGUAGAAGUUAAGGUUAGGAUCAUCGGGAAAAGUGUAGUUUCUUUUAUAUAUAUUUAUAAACGAUGUCAGUAUUUAGCGCGAGGAUGAGGCGAUUGUUCAAGACGUCCGGGUUAACGUUGCGGACUUAUGCCGAGUUCUGCCGCGUAUUGUGGCUGAGAGGUAUGAAGAGUGCCGCGAAACAAAGCUACACGAAAACAGUGCUACUGCCGCAGACCAACUUCCCGGCGCGGCUCGCUGGCAAAAAACGAGUGGAGAUGGACAGUUAUUUAAUAGAAAAAUGCGGCUUCUUGGAAUUGUAUAAUUGGCAGAGGAAAAAUCUGAAAGGACCGGAUUUUAUCUUACAUGAUGGACCACCGUAUGCAAAUGGAGAACCGCACAUGGGUCAUGCCAUUAAUAAGGUCCUUAAAGAUAUUACACUAAGGAAUAAGAUUAUAACAGGUAGAAGGGUACAUUAUCUUCCAGGUUGGGAUUGUCAUGGUUUACCAAUUGAACAAAAAGUACUUAGUGAUAUAAAGGAAGAUACUCCUUUAGAAAUUCGCCGUAGAGGUGUGUUGAAAUACCUAGAUAUUCCUAAAUAUCCAAUACAGCAUUUCCAGAAUUAUGUUUUUUCUAAAAUGUCUAACUAUAUUACAGCCAGAAAAUAUGCGAGUGAUGCUAUAGCAAAACAACGACAGGUUUUCAUGUCAUGGGGCAUUGUGGCUGACUGGAACGAAUCAGGUUGUUAUUUCACGAAUAAUGCCUCGUAUGUGAAGAAUCAAAUGCAACAAUUCAUAAAUCUGUACGACAAAGGGCUCGUUUUCAGAGCCUUCAAACCAGUGCAUUGGUCACCAUCCUCCAGAACAGCAUUAGCAGAAUCAGAAUUGGAAUACAACGAGAAUCACGAGAGCACAAGCGUUAUCAUACGCAUGCAACUAGACACACAAGCAUUACCCCCAAGAUUAAAGGAUAUUCAGAAUAAACCACUUUAUGCACUCAUCUGGACCACUACACCGUGGUCGUUAAUAGCUAAUCAAGCCAUAGCGUUCUCCAACGAUAUUGGUUACUGCAUUGUAGAGGACAAUUCGAAAAAUCUGUAUAUUCUUGCACAAGAGUGUUUAACGAAUAUUGAACAGAAGAUUGGUCCAUUAAAACUAAUUAUGACCAUUACGGGGCAGGAAUUAAAUGAAGCAAAGUAUUUUCAUCCUAUUACUAAACAACGUUUACCAUUUUUACCUGGGCAACAUGUUACAACUAAUGUCGGUACUGGAUUGGUUCACACAGCUCCCGCGCAUGGUCCCGAGGACUUUCUCAUCGCGAUUGAAAAUAAUAUACCGGUGCUAUCUUUGAUAGACGAGAACGGAUGUUUUGCCAAAGAAGCAGGCGAUGAGUUCUCCGGCUUGGACGUCUUAGAUAAUGGCGCGAAUAAAGUUUUGCAGUGUCUCGGUGAAAAUGUAUUACAUACUGACACGAUUACGCAUAGCUAUCCGUACGACUGGCGAACCAAGAAGCCCAUAAUUAUCCGCGCGAGUCAUCAAUGGUUUAUCGAUAUAAAAUCUAUAAAGGAAAAGGCGAUUGACAGCAUCGCUGAUAUAACAAUAUACCCGGCGCAGAACCGGACAUCGUAUUUGAACGCGUUAAUCGCACAACUUAAACAGCGACCAUACUGGUGCAUUUCCCGACAACGAUCCUGGGGUACGCCGAUACCAGUGUUGCACAAUAAACGAACUGGUGAUACGUAUACGAGCAGAAAAUGGAUUGAGAGAUUGUGCAGAUUGAUGGACCGAUAUGGUAUUGAUUAUUGGUGGGAGCUAUCGACCGAAAAGUUAAUUGGUCGCGAGCUUCGACAAGAAUUAAAUGACGAUAUAAAGGAUUUGGAAAAAGGAACCGAUAUCAUGGAUAUUUGGUUAGAUAGCGGUCUCUCAUGGUCGGCCGUGUUGCCGGAACAUAAAGCAGAUUUAUAUUUAGAAGGAAUGGAUCAAUUUCGCGGUUGGUUUCAGUCAUCAUUGCUAACAUCCAUUGCUCUUCAAGAACAUUCCCCUUACAGUGCGCUAUUCGCGCAUGGAUUUGCUGUGGAUGACAAAGCUUCAAAAAUGUCGAAGUCAGUUGGAAAUGUCGUUAAUCCUGAAAUAAUUGUCAAAGGUGGAGAAAAUUUGAAUAAAGAUCCAGCGUAUGGCAUCGAUACUCUGAGGUGGUGGGUAGCUAGCCACGCAUGCCAGCACAGCCAGAUACCGGUUACGACAACAUUAUUGCGCGAGAGUCAAGAAACUAUACAGAAAUUACGUUUAAUCUUGCGAUUCCUGUUAGGUGCUUUAUACUCGUACAGCGAGGAAAGCAUAGUUGAACCAGAAUACCUUUAUCUCGAUAAAUAUAUGUUGCAUGCUCUGCACCAAUAUAACAAGGAGAUUCAAAACUUGUAUGACAAUUACGUGUAUCACCACGCGUGUAAAUUAAUAUUAAAUUUCCUGAUGAAUACUGUAUCGCCGGUAUAUUGUCAUUUGAUCAAAGACAGACUCUACUGCGACGAAGCAGCGUCUCCGACGCGUCUAGCCGCGAUAGAAGUUACACGCGCAACCCUGACUGUAUUCGUGAGAUCUAUCGCGCCAAUCGUCCCGCAUUUAGCGGAAGAAGUGUGGCUAUAUCAUCCUGAAAAUUUGGCAUCAGUGCCGUUGUAUCAUAGUGAAUAUAAGGCACCAGAAACCUGGCAUCAACCAAAAAUCGCUAAGCAUGUAGAGACAGCUCUGAAUUUGAGAGGCAAAGUGAAUACAUUGGCUGAACGUAACACGUGGGAAUUGUCGGGCAUCAUAACCGCUCCUAAAGAUGAUUAUGAAUCGCUUUCGCUGCUUCAGAAAGAUCGGGAAUCCUCCACGUCAGAGUUGUGCGAUAUUUUACAACUCUCCUCAAUUAUACUAAUAGAAUCAUCUACGGUAAGCGAGCCGCAAGUCGAGCUGCAUAAUAUCGAAAAGAUGCUCUGCCAAAGGUGCAGGAGGCAUCCUGAAUUGGACAAAAACGGUCUUUGCAGUCGUUGCAUUAAAGUACUCGAUAUAGCGAAUGUAUCAUCGAUAUCUAUGUAAUAAACACAGUGAUUUCUUAUUACUUAAUUAUUAUUCGUUUUGCUAAAUAAAUAAAUAUGAAGAA